CUCGUGAGCUCUUGCUUCCCGAGCCAAAGAUACUUUCUAUCUUGUACCUUUACAGCUGGCCUCGCGCUCCCAUCAUCGACAUUGCUGUGCUCUAUCCCAUAGAUCUCAUACAUUACCAAUAGCAUCUUGCCGUAUCCCGGGCCCAACACUCAUCACCAAUGUCUACUUGUUGUUAUUAAUAUCCUAUUCCUUUAGCUAGAGCGCAUACAUACUUGAUCGUGCCUCUGAAAAGCACGCUCGGGAACCUUGUCAACCACGACAUUCCUAUUGACCGCGCCAUCGCCAGCCAAUUCUCCCACUCCUGCCCAGCAGCGUCAGAUGCGACCUGAUGGCAUCCGGUUCGCAAAGUUUUCUCGACCGACUCUCACCGAGCCGACAAAUAUCUCCCAUUCUACCACUCUACACGUCCCGACCGAAGCCUUCAGAUGACUACGACCUCGAUGAUCUGUCCCCCAGGCCCGAUGUAUCGCUGCUAUCAGAGUCGCCGCCGCCGCCCAUCAAAAUGUCAAAAGGGCGCUCCCCUUCUCCCGUAGAUCCAUGGGACGACGACCCUUUUGGUCCGGCGGGCUCCGUCUCCAAGUUGAAGCCGAAGGCCAUGUUCGUCGGCCCGCCACCGCCCAUAGCUGCCUCGGUGGUGUUGCAGCCCUCCGCAUCGUCGGGGAGGCGGGGAUCCCGAGGAAACACACACAAGAACGAGCCCAAGGGCAUGUCGUCCAGCCGGCUUGCGUUUGGGAGCAUUCUGUUCGAUCAUAGCUCGCGCGACUCAAGCAAGUCCCGCGUUGACUCUGUCUGGCGGAAUCUACAACACCGAGAACGAGCUCUCCACCGAGAGGUACAGCGAUUACUAGACAUACAAGCCACAAGACUUGGAUCCGGCGCCGAGUCUCUCGAUGCUAGCACUGUAGGAGCUGAGACGUGGAGUGACUCUGGGAGCAGUACGCCAACGGGAACGUUCUAUUCCACAGCGACGUCCAAGUCACGCAUGAUGGCCUCGCUAGACCCCCCCGUACGCGCGACUCCUCGCGGUGAUAUUAUACCUGUUCGACAGCCCAAGGCACAGGGGCAGCAGGGCCUUCGUGCGGCGCGAAGCGGACUGCGACAGGCAUUGGCAGCCCUGACUGGCCUCAAGACGGAAGAAAAUGCGUACAUCGAGUCAGCCCUCUCUCAACGAAGAAAAGCCUUGUCGUACCUAGACAAGUUGGACAAGCGCAGGGUCAGCAUCUCUGCCGAGUUGCAUAGCUUGGCUGAUGACGAUGAGGAGCCUCUCGCAAAGGAGCUGCGAGGCCUGGGAGAGCAGCAUGAUUCUUUGGGCCAGGAGAUACGCGAGCUCGAGGAGAAGCUCGUUGGUAUGAGGAACCGGCACCGAUGGCUGGAGCGAAAGAUGGAAGACGUCCACAACCGCCGAGAGGCGGGCUUGAGUGGCUACAGGGGUGCGUUGAGGGAGGUCGAAGGUGAAGUCACAGCCCUGCUGCGCCGGCCUCCAAUCGAGCCCCUGGAUCUAGACGUUGUCGAAGCUGUAUCACGGAACGACUCUGGAACCGGAACCGACAUCCAAGAGCUGCCCGGCGGUGCUGAGUUCUUCCGCAUGAUACCUGCGCGACGGACACUGAGCAUGGCCAAGGACUGGUGGGAAAGUGAAAUGGACUUUCUCCAGAAGCGAAAGGCGCAGGUCGAUAAGGAUCGCGAUGCGCUAGAUCAAGGCACGGAGUUGUGGCAGGAAACAGUGAAACUCGUCACGACAUUCGAGGCAGACCUGCGCCAGUCUCUAAGCGGCGGUCCUUCCUCGGCCAAGGGCAAACAGACUCCUCGUGCACAGCAAGAAGGCGUCGAAGCUCUCUUGCCGCGGAUGGCCAAGGUAAUCUUGGAGCUUGAAGCAAACAUGAGGACGGCCCAGCAGAACAAUUGGAAUCUUCUCAUCUGCGCCGUCGGCGCUGAACUCGAAGCGUUCAGAGAUGCCGAGGCUCUCCUUCGAGGAAGUCUACCAAAGCCUCAGGCAGCGGCGACGAAAGUUGACGACAUUGAAGAACCCUGGCACAACGGCGAUGACCAAGAGGAGCAAACCUCGCAAACGAAUUUGGCCACAGCUACGACAGAAAGUCAUCAAGGAGAGAGUGACAAUGAGGUCCCACCCGACCUGCUAGUGUCACAUCUGGAAGAGCACGACGACGACCGUUCCCAUGUCGGAUCCAUACGAACUUCGUCUUCGAGGCGUGACAGCGAUAAUGAGGUUCCUCCAGAGUUUCUUGCCGAACACAGUAACGAUGAGGGCAUAGACUGAUGUGAAGGUGCCAUGACUUUGUAUGCGUAGCAUUUGUAAAGGGUAUAACCCCGAUGUAAGCUGUUGCUCAGUAGCUUCAUGUGUUAUCAAAGCAGAUGCUACUGAAGCACGCAUCUUUUGACGCGUAGUUUUUUGCACUUUUGGGAUAUGAUAUAUGUUUCUGAUUGGGCUGGCAAAGCUGGGUACAGCAGGCAGGACAGGAUACCCCGCAGACCAUGUUUUAAGCCGGUGUUGGUUGGGGUGUUUAUUAGUUGGAACUUCUUAUGGAGCAGUUUGUGUACAGC